GCCACCGCGAGGGGCCGCCCGCGCCCACGUCGGAGUCCAGCCCGCGCCCAUGGCCUUUCUGACCGCUUGGAAGGGGGCGGCCUCUGAGAAAAGCGACCGCAGGACAUCCGUGAGCAGCCUCCAUGAGGCACUGGACCAGUGCAUGACUGCCUUGGAUCUCUUCCUCACCAACCAGUUCUCUGAAGCACUCAGCUACCUCAAGCCCAGAACCAAAGAGAGCAUGUACCACUCGCUGACGUAUGCCACCAUCCUGGAGAUGCAGGCCAUGAUGACCUUUGACCCUCAGGACAUCCUACUUGCUGGCAACAUGAUGAAGGAGGCACAGUUACUGUGUCAGAGGCACCGGAAGAAGUCCUCCGUAACAGAUUCCUUCAGCAGCCUGGUGCACCGCACCACUAUGGACAAAUUCACGGAAGAGGAAAUCCACGCUGAAGUCUGCUACGCAGAGUGCCUGCUGCAGAGAGCAGCCCUGACCUUCCUGCAGGAUGAGAACAUGGUGAGCUUCAUCAAGGGUGGCAUCAAAGUCCGAAACAGCUACCAGACCUAUAAGGAGCUGGACAACCUCGUCCAGUCCUCACAGUACUGCAAGGGGGAGAACCACAGGCACUUUGAAGGAGGUGUGAAGCUUGGUGUAGGUGCCUUCAACCUGACGCUGUCCAUGCUUCCUACUAGAAUCCUGCGGCUGCUGGAGUUUGUGGGGUUUUCAGGAAAUAAGGACUACGGGCUGCUGCAGCUGGAGGAGGGCGCAUCGGGACACAGCUUCCGCGCCGUGCUCUGUGUCAUGCUGCUGCUCUGCUACCACACCUUCCUCACCUUUGUGCUUGGCACCGGGAACGUCAACAUCGAGGAGGCAGAGAAACUCUUGAAGCCCUACCUGAAACGCUACCCUAAGGGCGCCAUCUUCCUGUUUUUCGCUGGGCGGAUUGAAGUUAUUAAAGGCAACAUUGACGCAGCUGUCCGGCGGUUUGAGGAGUGCUGUGAGGCCCAGCAGCACUGGAAGCAGUUCCACCACAUGUGCUACUGGGAGCUGAUGUGGUGCUUCACCUACAAGGGGCAGUGGAAGAUGGCCUACUUCUACGCCGACCUGCUCAGCAAGGAGAACUCCUGGUCCAAGGCCACCUACAUCUACAUGAAGGCUGCCUACCUCAGCAUGUUUGGGGAGGAGGACUACAAGCCAUUCGGGGAUGACGAAGUGGAGCUGUUUAGAGCCGUGCCAGGCCUGAAGCUCAAGAUUGCUGGCAAGUCUCUACCUACAGAGAAGUUUGCCAUCCGGAAGUCCAGACGCUACCUCUCCCCCAAGCCUAUCUCGUUGCCAAUCCCUGCUCUGGAAAUGAUGUAUAUCUGGAAUGGCUAUGCUGUAAUUGGGAAGCAGCAAGAACUCACCGAUGGGAUACUUGAGAUUAUCACCCAGGCUGAAGAGAUGCUGGGAAAGGGCCCAGAGAACGAGUACUCAGUGGAUGACGAGUGCUUGGUGAAGUUGCUGAAAGGUCUGUGUCUGAGAUACUUGGGCCGCGUGCAUGAAGCCGAAGAGAAUUUCAGGAGCAUUUAUGCUAAUGAAAAGAAGAUUAAAUAUGACCAUUACUUGAUCCCAAAUGCCCUGCUGGAGCUGGCCCUGCUGUUUAUGGAACAAGGCAGAAAUGAAGAGGCCGUCAAAUUCUUGGAAACUGCCAAGCAAAACUACAAGAACUACUCCAUGGAGUCAAGGACACAUUUUCGAAUCCAGGCAGCCAUGCUCCAAGCGAAGUCUUCCCUAGAAAAUGGCAGCAGAGCCAUGAUCUCAUCAGUGUCCUUAUAGCUUUGUACAGCACUCCUGGGCUAGAAGACAAAGACAGCUGUACAGAGCUCCUAGAAACACUUCAAAAAGAUCCCUCUCCCUGCCCUGCCCUGCCUUUGGGGCCGGCCGGUGCUCCAGUGGGAUGGCACGACAUGGGUUUUCGUGCGGAAGCAAAGCUGGCAUUUUCCCCAGUGUGGCCAAGGGCCUUUGCCAAGGACAGAGCAGGUAGAGCCCCCUGCCUGCUCUAUCACACAUACGGGUACUUGUUUUUUUCACUGUGAUGUUUAAGAGAAUGUAUGAACAGUUUACAUUUUCCUUAGAAAUACAUUGAUGGGAUCAGAGUUGGCUAAAAAAGACAACAACAACAAAAAACCCACCAACCACCUGUAAAUCUUUGUUUUAACCCAUACUGAUCUGGAGGAAUCUCUUUAUAUGCCAAACGCCAAAUUGUUUUCCAAACUUCAGAAAGGUCUCAGCUUCCAGGGAGGCCGGAAAGACCUUCCUUUCAGAGGAACUGGGGGCCUCGCCUCAGGCUCUGACUCGUCUGGGGGUUAGGUCGGGGUCACACACAGACACUUGCUACCUUACUUACACCUCACACUUCAUUUUCACUUUCUUUGUAACUUUCCAGGUGAAAAAUCAAAUAACAUCUUUUUAGUGACAUAAUUUUCAUUUGAGACUACCUGUAGAAAAAUCAGUUUCUCCACCAGUAGGGAAUGGAGAAUGCUGGGGCCUGAGGGGAGGGGAGCUGUGUGGCCCUUUCUGUGCCAGAGCCAGGAAGUGGAGGGAAGUGCUCACAGGUUCUCAUUCAGCAUCCUCACUCUAUGCCAACCUGGAACCACUGGGAAUAAUUUAGGAGACAAAAAAAUCAAUCUGUACUUCACUCCAAGGUACAUUUAUAUACUGACAUCAUUUUUCUUAGAAUGGUUAUUCUUGGCCUGUUGUAUGUUUCAGAUUUUUCAGUUAAGGGAGAAGAGACAUUUAAGUAAUAAAACUUAUAUACACUUAGGAGAUCAUGCAACAUCUAUUUCAAAAAAUAUGUGUUGCCUGAAUUCUUGGGGAGGGCAGAGAGGCUGAAUCAGAAGCCAUAUGGCCUAUGUAUGUUUUUAUUUAGACAGAAUAUUUUAAAAAUUUUACAGUAAGUUGCCAACAUUUAAAAAUGGGGAGAUUUCACAAAUGAAUCUGGUUUCUGGCCUCUUAAUUAAAAAAAAAAAAAAAAAAGCAAAAGUAUUGAGCCCACAUUCUCACUAGACAACAACCAGCUGGAGCUGAGGAGAGACUGCUUUAAACAUUUAUUGCUAGCCCCUAAAAGCAUCUGAGUUUGCAACCUCUGGGUCUGUUAAACUACGAACUCAAGUUCAGUGACCACCACUGAGUUUUGCCAUUUACAAUCUAAUGACAGCACACUUCCACUUACCAUUUUCUCUGGGAGGAAAACACAGUGACAAUAUUCACCUCUGAAAAUGUGACUCUCCAAACACAUAAAUACAGUUUCUACAAGGGAAAACUGCAGGUAACUUUCCUGCUCUCCCAGCAUUGCUGUGUUUGGCAAACACUCUGAACAUCUGCCAAGGGCUAGGGUUAAUAUAUUAAUAUACAGUUAGCUAAUCUCCAUGUCGGAGAAUGAAGUCAGUCAUGGGUUUUAGGUGAAGCAUAUUCUCGUUAGGAAAACAAUUCUGAUCUAAGAUCCUCUUUUGCACUUAGUACUGUCAGAGUAGAAAUGCUACCAGAAAAAUAUUUCUCAUUUUGUCAGAAUUAGAAUGCUCUCUGUAGAGAACAAACCCUUUGCAACCUCUCCUUCAAAGCCUGGAUUCUGGCUGACCAGCCUAUUUCUAGGCUGUUGGGUAGGACAGGAUGAGGUGACUAGAGAUAAGCUGCUGAAUGAGGGUAGGACUUGGCAGCUUCCUUACGUAUUAAAAUGGUGCCCACAACUAUGUCAAAGCAGUGCUGGUCACAGGACACCAAAAAUGCAACUUGCAAAACGUAACUUUGCAGUUUACAAAAACCAAAAAACUAUCUCAACAUACAUUUCAGGUGUGUUUGCUUUUCUUUUUUUAAUUUUAUGCCAGGAUUGUUUUCUUGUCAACAUUUGCUUUUAUUUCCUGCUGGGCUUUGUAAUUAGCCUACAGCCCUUUAACCUUCGCUGCCCUGGUUGCAGGCUGGCUAGUAAGACAAAUCACUGGGCUUUUCCUCCUUUACCCGCCCUGCAGCUUUUGAGAUAGUCUAUCAGAAACAUUUAUGUGAAGAGGGGUGAAACCGUUGAGUGUUUAACAACACCAUCUCCUUGUGCCAGGACCUUUGAGGUGGAAAUUCUGCCAUGGACGUCUCAUUGUGUCUUCAUUUCUGUCACUGUGUCUCCAAUAGUGUAGACCUUUCUGGCACAUCUGCCCUGGAGAGGCAGGCAGAAAGUUUUGGCCUGGAAAUAAGGAAACCUGAAUUCUGGCUCCUGCUUUGCCACUGAUUUUCAGAGUGACUUGGACAAGUCAUGGACCCUCUGAAAUUGAUUCUAACUUCAAGUCUGUCUUUGGGUUUUCAUCUGCAAAAUGAGACAACAGAGAUAUCUCCCUACCUUUCCACCAAAGCCUUGUGUGCCCAAGCCAUCUCACAAGAAAUAAACUUCCUUAGACAGGGGGAUCAAGGGUAGCCCAGCAUACCAAGAGAACAAGUAUCCUCAUUUAGGAAAGUCUAAAUCCUGUGCCACACAGAUGGAUUCAGUUGCUAACGAAGUAGGAACUUCUUAUCAUGAUCUCAACAGGCCCUUGACAACGGAAAGCCUACAUCUGCCUCUCACUGGGCACAGGCCCUGGGACUGGCAGGGAGGCUUCCAGCAGUAUGCUGGUCCCUAUCAGCUCCCCCACGUGUUGGCAGGCUUCCCAAACUCCUUAUCUCCCUAGUCAGCAUGGGAGUGUUUCCAAGACAGCUAUGGUCAUUCACGGCAAAAAGCCAUGACCUAACCAGGAGCCUAAAAGGCCAACUCCAACCCAAGACUUGGCUACAGUGCAGGUGGGAGAUUCCCAGCAACUGAAGAAUGGCACCAGGGGGUUUUCAGAAAGCCCCAGCCUGCUGAAUGUUAGAAUCAUUCAACAAGGGAAUAAAAUCCAAAGAU